UUCGGACAAACGUUACGCAACCUCGGCACCGCCGCGUUUUACACCCAGCUCAGCCCAUUUGGCGGCUGUCUCCACUGCGGAUUUAUAUUAAAGAUAUAAUAAGGUAAUUAUUUUUCAGUUGGUCAGCUUCCUGGAACAAACACUAAUAUUGAUUGAUUACCUUACAAGGUGUUCUUCCUUACAUUCUCCUCUUUUGUUUUUUCUUUUCCCCGCUUUUUCCAGUCGUUUUGGAAUCGGAUCCUAGGUUGACGAACUAUCUAAACUACAGUCCUGAAAACCUAUAUAAAUUAAACCCCCUCGUUCAUGAUUUCAUUCAGUUGUAAAUUUAGAACCCAGUAGCUCAUUUACAUUUUCCUCCAAUCUUUGGAGAUUGAUUCCUUCAAUUAAUCCUGUUUUCUUUCUUUUCUUUUUUUUUUUUUGGUUUUAGUUUUGCCAGCCAAUUUUCAGACUUUUGAUAAUAACAAGGUCCUUUCUUUAUCAUCAUCGUAUCUAAACCUGCUCAUAUUUCAGAAACAUUUUCGUCCGAAUCCCGAUUCGGGUUUUCAAUUCUAUCUAGAAAAACAGAGCAAGACCAUCUUCACUACAUCAUUUGGUCUUUUGAUUCCCUCGUUUUUUCACUCUUUUUCCAACCUUGAAGGUUUGAAAAAAAAAAAAAGAAGAUGUCCACAAAAGUUGAAGUGAACUUGUUAUGCAUGGACUUUGUUAUGCAUCUCAACAAAAACCAGAAAAAAUGGCGCUCUGCUUUUGUCAAAAUCUAUUGUUCAACUGCCUUUAAAAAUGUUCUCCGCCGUCCAAAGAGAAAGAUUUCGCCGGAAUCACUUGAUAGCGUUAUACUCAACAUCGACAAAGAAGACUGUUCCAGCUUUUACAAUGUUGAUGAAUCCAGCCUCACAAAGCUUGUCAAGGACAAGAAUAUCAGCCAUGUUAAAGAACUUGGCGGGGUUCAAGGUAUUGCUCAUUCUCUGUUUCUCAAUAUUACUCAAGGCAUAAAUGGCGAAAAUGGCGACGAGAUUUCGCGAAGAAUCGAAGCGUUUGGUAGUAAUACAUAUGUUAAGCCAGCUCCAAAGGGAUUCUUCCAUUUUGUUUGGGAAGCAUUUCAGGAUCUUACAAUUGUUAUUCUCAUGAUCUGUGCUGGACUUUCUCUUGGUUUCGGGAUUAAAGUUCAUGGACCCAAAGAAGGAUGGUAUGACGGUGGUAGCAUUUUUGUUGCUGUUUUUCUUGUCAUCUUUGUUUCUGCUAUUAGCAAUUUCAGGCAGAGCAGGCAAUUUGAGAAGCUUUCCAAACUAAGCAGCAACAUUCCAGUUGAAGUUGUGAGAAAUGGAAGGAGGCAACAGAUUUCGAUCUUUGAAAUCGUUGUUGGAGAUGUUGUUUGCUUGAAGAUUGGUGAUCAAGUUCCUGCUGAUGGAUUAUUCAUACAUGGGCAUUCGUUGCGCAUUGAUGAAUCGAGUAUGACUGGAGAAAGCGAUCACGUUGAGAUCAAUCAUAGUCGAAAUCCUUUCUUGAUUUCGGGUACCAAAGUUGCUGAUGGUUAUGGUCAAAUGCUUGUUACAUCUGUUGGGAUGAACACAACUUGGGGUGAGAUGAUGAGCUCAGUCAGCGGCGAUUCUGAUGAGAAGACGCCGCUUCAAGAGCGUCUGAACAAGCUGACCUCGGCGAUUGGUAAAGUUGGUUUAGCAGUUGCUUUCUUUGUUCUUGUGGUGUUAUUAGUACGGUAUUUCACAGGGCACACAAAAGAUGAAAGCGGAAAUAAAGAGUACAACGGCAGCAAGACAAAAUUCGAUGAUGUGAUGAAUGCAGUUGUGAGGAUUAUAGCUGCAGCAGUAACCAUUGUGGUUGUUGCAAUUCCAGAAGGUCUUCCAUUGGCUGUAACACUUACACUUGCUUAUUCAAUGAAGAGAAUGAUGGCUGAUCAGGCAAUGGUGAGGAAACUCUCGGCUUGCGAAACAAUGGGAUCUGCAACAACAAUUUGUACCGACAAAACAGGUACUCUUACUUUAAACAGAAUGACUGUAACCAAAUUUUGGUUGGGAAAAGAUUCUGUUGAAGAAAGAGGCUACAGCCAUAUCGCAGUCAAUGUUCUUAAACUCCUCCAACAGGCUGUUGGGUUGAACACAACAGGUUCUGCUUUUAGGUCUAAAACUGGCUUUGAGUUUUCAGGAAGUCCAACUGAAAAGGCAAUUCUUUCUUGGGCUGCCUCGCAUUUGGAUAUGGAUAUGGAGAGACUAAAAGAGAAAUACCCUAUUCUUCAAGUUGAAACUUUCAAUUCAGAGAAGAAAAGAAGCGGCGUCUUGAUAAGGAAGAAUGAUGAUAACUCGGUCCAUGUCCACUGGAAAGGAGCUGCUGAAAUGAUACUAGCAAUGUGCUCACAUUACUACAAUGCUGAGGGUGAAGUUUCUGUUCUUCAUCAGUUCGAGAGAAAGCAAUUUGAGGAGAUUAUUCAUGGGAUGGCUGCCAGCAGUCUGCGAUGCAUUGGAUUUGCGCACAAGAAAGUUUCAGAAGCUGACAAUGACCAUGGAGAAAUUGAGCAAACAAUGCAAGACAAAAAUCUCAUCCUUUUGGGGAUUGUAGGGCUAAAAGAUCCAUGUCGCCCUGGUGUGAAGAAAGCUGUGGAAGAUUGUCAAAAAGCUGGUGUCAAGAUUAAAAUGAUCACUGGCGACAAUGUCUUCACUGCAAGAGCAAUCGCAACAGAAUGUGGAAUACUUCAGCCCAAUGAUAAAGCUGAUGAUAGAUUAGUAGUGGAAGGUGUGGAAUUUCGCAACUACUCAGAUGAGGAAAGAAUGGCCAAAGUCGACAAGAUUGUCGUCAUGGCGAGAUCAUCUCCCUUCGACAAGCUUCUCAUGGUGAAAUGUUUAAGAGAGAAAGGUCAAGUUGUAGCAGUAACAGGAGAUGGAACAAAUGAUGCACCAGCCCUAAAAGAAGCAGAUAUCGGACUUUCUAUGGGAAUUCAAGGCACUGAAGUAGCCAAAGAGAGUUCAGAUAUUGUCAUUAUGGAUGACAAUUUUGCAUCAGUUGCAACAGUCCUGAGAUGGGGAAGAUGUGUCUACAACAACAUCCAAAAAUUCAUUCAGUUUCAGCUAACUGUUAAUAUUGCAGCCCUCGUAAUCAAUUUUGUAGCAGCAAUUUCAGCAGGAGAAGUUCCAUUAACAGCAGUACAACUCCUGUGGGUAAAUCUCAUCAUGGAUACUUUAGGUGCAUUAGCAUUGGCAACAGAAAGGCCAACAAAAGAGCUCAUGGACAAGCCUCCAGUCGGCCGCACUCAACCUCUCAUCACAAACAUCAUGUGGAGGAAUUUACUAGCUCAGGCCUUAUACCAGAUUACCAUUCUCUUGACUCUACAGUUCAAAGGCGAGUCGAUUUUUGGCAUUAACAAGAAGGUGAACGAAACGUUGAUAUUCAAUACAUUUGUGCUUUGCCAAGUGUUCAAUGAGUUCAAUGCAAGGAAGCUUGAGAAGAAGAAUGUGUUUGAAGGGGUACACAAGAACAAGUUGUUCUUAGGAAUCAUAGGGUUUACAGUUAUUCUUCAAGUGGUGAUGGUGGAGUUCUUGAAGAAGUUUGCCAAUACAGAAAGGCUGAAUUGGGGACAAUGGGGAAUAUGUAUAGGCAUAGCAGCUGCAUCAUGGCCUAUUGGAUGGAUUGUGAAAUGCAUUCCUGUUCCAGAGAAACCAUUCUUCAGUUAACUUAAAUUGAAGAACUUCAGAUGAAGCAUAUAGAAACAGAAUGAUCAGUAGGAAUUCAGCAGUUAGCUCCGCAUUUAUAUCCAUUGCAAUACAGUUGUAAUUAGUUUCUCUAUUUGUGUAAUGUUUUAGGUCUUAAUUAGUUGAUUAAUAACAGCAAUUACAGAAUUAUAAAGAAAUCACAAAGUAUCAUUAAAAUUAAAGGAA